AUGGCCUGGGACUCCGCACAGGAGAUUCCUGCCCACGGGAAGCCUUGGGGGGAGAAGGGCAUGGGGGAAAAGGUGACAAGGGAAGGGGGACAGGGGGAGAGGGGGAAAGGCAAGACGAGGGAAGGAGGGAAGUGGAGAAAAGCAGAAGAGGCUACUUUUGGUGUGCCUCCAAAAUCAUACUUCUCCCCCCAGCCACUUCCCCCCAUCCUUUCCCCAGCCACUUCCCCCCAUCCUUUCCCCAGCCACUUCCCCCCAUCCUUUCCCCAGUUACUUCCCCCCAUCCUUUCCCCAGUUACUUCCCCCCAUCCUUUCCCCAGUAACUUCCCCCCAUCCUUUCCCCAGUUACUUCCCCCCAUCCUUUCCCCAUUCACUUCCCCCCAUCCUUUCCCCACUCACUUUUCCCCAUCCUUUCCCCAGUCACUUCCCCCCAUCCUUUCCAUCCUUUCCAUCCUUUCCCCAGUUACUCCCCCCCAUGGAAUACCUGGGGGUCAGGUCGCGGUGAAUGACGGGGUCUGGCCGGUGCGCGUGCAGAUAGCACAUGCCCCUGAGGGGUGCGGGCGGAUGGGGGCGAUGGGGGGGAAGGGGGAGAUGUGGGGGAUGGGGGAGAUGGGGGAAAUGGGAGGGGAGGAGAGGAGAGGGGAGGAGCGGAGAGGAGAGACGAGAGGGAAGGAGAGGAGUGCAGAGGAAGGGAGGGUGAAUGAAAAGGGCGGGAAAAAAUGA